AUGAGUGAAACCAGUAACUGUGUUGUCAGUCGCACUGCGUGCAACAGCAAGGGUAGCAUGAUCGUUGUUUCUAAUCGCCUGCCCUUUGUGCUAAAGAGAAAUGAGAAAACCGGUGAAUUAGAAAGGAAAGCCAGCGCCGGCGGUCUUGUGACCGCCGUAGCGCCGGUUGUAAUUCGCUGUAAAGGCAUCUGGGUCGGCUGGCCGGGCGUUCAUCUGGACGACCCCAAUGAGAAGAUCCCCGAGUCAGACCCCAACGACAAGACACCCACCUCUGGACUGCUGUCUAGUAAGAUUGUUGCCAUCCAUGCCGAGCCGAAACUCUUCGACAGUUACUACAACGGCUGUUGCAAUGGCACAUUCUGGCCCCUGUUCCACUCCAUGCCCGACCGGACCACCUUUAUCGCUGACCAUUGGAAGGCUUACAUCAAAAUCAAUGAGGAGUUCGCUGAAAAGACCGUACACGCGCUAAAAUUGCUAAAACAAAGCAAGGAGAAGAACAACAACUCGCCGCCCAUCGUAUGGGUUCACGAUUACCACCUCAUGUUGGCAGCUAAUUGGAUUAGACAGCGUGCCGAAGAAGACGAACUAAAAUGCAAGCUCGCGUUCUUUCUUCACAUACCAUUCCCGCCAUGGGACAUAUUUCGCCUGUUACCAUGGUCUGACGUAGUCUUACAAGGCAUACUAGGGUGCGACAUGGUCGGUUUUCAUAUUACCGACUACUGCUUAAACUUCAUUGAUUGUUGCCAACGAAACUUGGGUUGCCGUGUGGACAGGAAGAACCUCCUGGUCGAACUGGGUGGCAGAACGAUUUGCGUGAGACCCCUGCCAAUCGGCGUGCCCUUCGACAGAUUUGUGCAACUGGCCCACAACGCGAAAACGGUCCUUUCAACCAGCCAGAAAGUCAUCCUGGGGGUCGACAGACUUGACUACACAAAGGGUCUUGUUCAUCGACUUAAAGCGUUCGAGAGAUUGCUGGAGAAACAUCCAGAGCACAUCGAAAAAGUGGUUUUACUUCAAAUCGCAGUUCCGUCAAGAACGGAUGUAAAGGAGUACCAGGAUUUGAAGGAGGAGAUGGAUCAGCUAGUCGGCAGGAUCAACGGAAGGUUUACUACUCCUAAUUGGUCCCCUAUCAGAUACAUUUAUGGAUGCGUGGGUCAGGAGGAACUUGCUGCUUUCUACCGCGACGCAGCUGUCGCGUUAGUGACACCGCUCCGAGAUGGAAUGAACCUGGUGGCGAAGGAGUUCGUGGCCUGUCAGAUCAACAACCCGCCGGGGGUUCUCAUCUUGUCGCCGUUUGCGGGUGCCGGUGAAAUGAUGCACGAGGCUCUCAUUUGCAAUCCUUACGAAUUGGAUGAUGCAGCAGAAGUUAUGCACAGAGCGUUAAUAAUGCCCGAAGACGAGCGCACUGUACGUAUGAACCACUUGAGACGGCGGGAACAGUUGAACGACGUGGACAGUUGGAUGAAGAGCUUCUUGAAGGCGAUGGACUCGCUAGAGGAGGAGGCCGACGACAUCGGAGCCACCUCCAUGCAACCCGUCACCAUCGACGACUUCGAUGAAUAUUUGUCCAAGUACAUUGGUUACACACAGAAGCUGGCGCUGCUGCUGGACUACGACGGCACGCUGGCGCCCAUCGCGCCGCACCCCGACCUGGCCACGCUGCCGCUCGAGACCAAGCACACGCUGCAGCGCCUCUCCAACAUGUCCGACGUCUACAUCGCCAUCAUCUCUGGCCGCAACGUUGACAAUGUCAAAGACAUGGUGGGAAUAGAAGGAAUCACAUACGCUGGCAACCAUGGUCUAGAGAUACUACAUCCCGAUGGCAGUAAAUUUGUACAUCCCAUGCCCAUGGAACUGCAAGACAAAGUGGUCGAACUCCUCAAGGCCCUGCAGGAACAGGUGUGCAAAGACGGUGCGUGGGUGGAGAACAAGGGAGCGCUGCUCACAUUCCACUACCGUGAGACGCCGUUGGGCAAGCGCGCCGCACUCGCAGAGCAGGCGCGCCGCCUCAUCACCGCCUCCGGCUUCACGCCCGCGCCCGCGCACUGCGCCAUUGAAGCGCGCCCACCCGUGCAGUGGAACAAAGGUCGAGCAUCAAUCUAUAUCCUAAGAACGGCGUUUGGAUUGGACUGGAGUGAAAGAAUCAGAAUUAUCUACGCAGGUGAUGACGUCACCGAUGAAGACGCCAUGCUGGCCCUGAAAGGUAUGGCUGCAACAUUCCGCAUCGCUUCCUCGCACAUAACAAAGACAUCGGCCGAGAGACGUCUGUCAUCCCCGGACUCUGUGCUGGCGAUGCUCAAGUGGGUGGAGCGUCACUUCUCCCGUCGCAAGCCUCGUGCUAACUCGCUCACAUACAAAACCGCUAGAAAAGCCAGAGACACUCUUCAAAUGCACAUGUCCUACCAGCCACCUACGAAAACAUCGCCAAAGCCCACCCCGCCGCUAAGUCCUGAUAAAUUAUCAAGCGGCUCCGAAUCGAGUUAG